GUGUGAGUCGUUGUCCGAAUUAAUGUAGGCCGGGCAUGAAACACUUUCAGAAAAGAAAAUAACGAAGAACUCAAACCUCCUCACUCUCUCUCUCGACAUAGACCUAAAACCAAAACCCGAAUCUCCUCACUCUCCCGACAGCGUCUCCCCAAAACCAAAACCAAAACCAAAACCUACACUUGAAGUCCAUCGGAUCCAAGACCUUUGUUCUACAGUCUACACCGACACCAAAUUCAUCGGAUCCAAAACCAAAUCAGUAGACCUCGCUCCUCUCUCCCUCUUAUCUUCUACACCUAUACCCCAAAUCCAUCUCUCCAACAACCAAAUCAGUUUCCACAUCAAACUAAUCUGAGAGGAGCCUCUCCGGCGUCAAAGAUGACGUCGUCACCGGCAGCCAAACUCCCUUGGCUUAAAUCGAGCCUUCACUUUCCAGCACCAAUGGUAAGAGGACCAAGAGGGAGGUCAUCGGGCUCAAAGUGGAGGGUCCGAAGAUCAGAAUUAGAGCUCUAGUCGACGGCGGAGGCGCUCAUGUGAAUACUGAAAAGAAAGACAAAGGUUGGUAGUGAAUCGAAUCCAUUCGAAGCAAAAGGGAUAGUGUGAUUGAUACCGAAAUAGAGAUGAGCCAAGUUUCAUCUCUUAGCUUCCGGCCUUAUUAUGGCUCUCUCAGUUUCUCAGUUAAUCGGACUUCCUCUUUUUGUCGCUUCAACCUCCCCUUCCGAUGCCCCACUACUAGUGGAUUGCGAGGCAACUCUUUGACUGGAGCACUGUCCCCUGAUAUGUGUCAAUUAACUGGUCUGUGGUACUUUGAUGUUAGAGGCAAUAACCUGACUGGCCCGGCGUCUUGUAUCAGAUCACCAAAAUCAAUCUUUACAAGGAUGGUAGGCAUGGAAAGGCUUGGGGAGUCGUUCAUAAGGAAGGUUUCAGGUGAAAAAGAAGCAGUUUUUUUUCGUAAUUUCAUUACUAUUGUAAUGUUUGGUGCUAUUGGUACAUUAGUGUCCUGCACCAUCAUAGCAUUUGGUACAUGAUCCUAGCAUUGACUGGUGAGAAAGGGUAUAAUUGAAUUGCAGUGUUUCUGUUUUGGCAUGUGUACCCCUCAGUGAACUAUUGAUCCAUAUGCAGCUGGAACUACAGAAAGAGAGCAAAAUGCUCCUACAGAAGCUUCUAAAGCUAGACUCCAAUGAGGCCAUGAGAGCAGCAAAGCUUGCAUAGCUAGACUUAAGUAAAUUUUUGGAUGUAUAUUGCUAGGAGACUAGUAUUAGAUGUACUCCUUUUGUAGAUGAAAGAUUACAUUUGCACAAUCUAUUUUGGUGCAUGAUGUGGAUUAUAACAAUUUCUUCUAUAUAUUGAUCAGCUACUGUUAAUUUGA